AUGUCAAUCCGUAAAGCCCCUCGGGACCACUUCACUGGGAAAGGAAAGGCCACUGAUUCUGAAUAUGUUAAAGCCAGCAACAGUCUAGAUGGGUUCUUUUCGGAAGAGGAAGAGACCAGUUACGAAUUAGAACUGGAGACUGAGGAAUUCGACGAAGAGGAGGAAGAAGAAGAAGCAGAAGAGGUAGAAGAAGAUGAAGAGGAGGAGGAGGAGGAUGAAGAGGAAGAAGUGGAGGAAGAAGACGAUGAAGAGGAAGACGGAGAUGAAGAUGAUGAUGACGAGUGGGGAGAAGACGAGACACGAGACAGCAUGCCUGGACAGAAGGGAUCAGCAAGACCAACUAGUUCGGGAGACGGGGAGCGGAAAAGAUCCAAAGAGGUCAUACCUUCAGCACUUUCUGCCAUUCCCGACGAAUUAUCCUCCAAGGCAAGUACUGAAAAUUGCAUCAGAACAAAGUCAUCUCCUGAUGGAUUGAUCUCUGGAGGAAAGACAGAACGAAAAUCGAAUAGGCCGGUGGCUCAAGAAAUCAGUCAGGAGCUGCAAUUUGUUGAAAAAAAGACUGCCGAUCUUACAUUUGGUAACGAGGGUCUGGAAGGAGUAGAAGGAGAUGUACCUAUCGAUGACGACAGCAAGGAAAAGACAACAGACACAGAAGCGUCAGCGUCUGAAGCGGGAUCGACAUCGUCUUCGUCCGACUUUGCCAUGACCUUCCGAAUGCUACCAAGCCGGCCACUUCAUCCUGCUCGGGCCGGCCAUAAUCGUAUUAGAACUGCUAAAACGAGCAAACACGCCACCAAAGAACAACACACCGCAAUCUCAAGGAUUAGAAAAAAUCGAUGA